AUGAAAGUUCAUGGAAGCACGUAUUGCUCUAACGACUUGGCGGGUCGGCCCAACCGCAGGCCCCUCGAGGUUACCACGGACGAGGGAGGAGGACACGACGCAGGGCACCGCGGCGAGAGAAUGUCGUACCGGUCCUGGCCUGCAGAUGCCGGGCGCCUGGGACGUGUGAGGAGCGGACGGAGUUGGCCGCGGGCGCGGACGGAGGCCGGGAGUUGCCGGCGCGCGGAGCGGGAGCGGGGGCGGGAGGGGAGGGAGGGGAGGGGAGAGGAGAGUAAAGGCGAGAGAGGGCGAGGAGAGCAGAGGAGAGGAGCAGCAGAGGAGGAGGAGGAGAGGAGGAGGCGCGCCAGAUCCAUCCGAUCUUCUUCUGAAGCUCGUCGGCCCAGGCAGAGGGCUCGAGGGCAGGAGGAGACGACGACGACGACAGGGUUGAUUCCCGAGGGGAAGUCCCAGCGAGAGAGAGACUGCGAGAGCUUCGGUCAGAGUCGAGGAGGGAGGAGGAGGAAAAGGGGACGGGAGGGCGGCCCAAGAGGCGACGAUGGCGAGCAGGCGAGGAGAUUGGCGAGGUGUGGGUUGGAGUGGCGAGGCGAGGCGGUCGUCGCAGCAGUCGGGGUUCUCACCAGGAAUGACUGCUGCCGCUCGUUGGACUCGGGACGCCCUGCCGCAGCGACGGAGCGCGGGUUGCAUUGGGCAUUUGACAGCUCGCUGUUAGUCGUAGAAGGCUGGAUCUCGGGCCCUGGCGGCCGCAGGACGCAGACGCUAGUAGACGACGAGGAUCUCCCAGGUGUUGGCGUUGGAUCAUCGGCCGCGAGGCGCUCGGAGAAAGCUAGCUUGAGAUCGUCAGCAUCAACCUCACUCGAGGGCAAGAGUCCUCCAAUUCAUGAGAUGAAUUGUGGUCGGGAGAGGAUCUGUAAUUUUAGUUUUGCAUUCGAUGAGCCUUUUAAUUCGAACCUUUUCUUCCGGAGGUGUUGA